AUGGAGGAGGCAUCCGGCAGCCUGUCGCAGGCUCAGCCCGGCACCGGCGCUGCCUCCUCCGCGGGGGCAUCAUCUGCCCCCGCUCCUGCACCUACUCCGACACCGUCAGCCCCCUCGGCCCCAACACCGGCAGGUAGCUCUGCAUCUGGACAGUUGUCUAAGAGGAGGAGAGGUUUGGGUGUGGUUACGCCCAAUGCCUGCACCGAAUGUCGCAAAAAGCGCGCCAAGUGCGACGGUCAAAAGCCAUGCGGUCGCUGCAAGGCCCAGAAGGAUGUAGAGUGUGUCUACGAGAUUCCAGUCCGCCAGUCAAAAGAGCAUCUUCGAUCAGAGAUCGAGCAGCUGCGCCAACGCCAGCGAUCCAGCGACCAAGUCAUCGCUGCUCUUGUGCGGUCCGAUAUAUGGGAAGACGUGCUUCAGCGGUUACGCAAUGGACAAUCUCUUGAAUCUGUCUCGGAGUGGCUAGGUGGCACUCUCCCGUCUGGCGGUGGCUCGAGACCAUCCUUUAGCCGUCCAGGCGAGGCAUCCGCCGACACGGGCGCUGGCCUAGGUAACCGCCAUGGGUUCGCCGGAUCGACGCCGGCGCCAAUUAGAACGAGAAACCUUGGGGGGCCCGGAUCGGUGACCAUGAGUCCCAUUACGGGCCAGUCUGGGUUACGGCAGGACUUGGACCCUAAUAGCCCAUGGCACCUCUCGUCGCAUAGCCAAAGCACGAGGAGCAACUCUCAUCCUGACUUGAUGAACUGGAGCGCAGACACGAACAGGCCGCCUCAAGGACCUAUUGACACAUGGCCCGAGACUGCCAGCAACACGGAAACUUCUGAAGCUGGCUCCAAAUACCAGGGACUCGACCAGGUACUCGCGCCGCUAGAUCUCCCCGAUAUGAAACUUCCGCCCGAAAAUUGGACAAAUAUAACCGAGGAUGGCUCGCUCGUGCAACAUUUGCUGGCACUGUACUUCUGCUGGGAGUAUCCGACUUUUGCAUCGUUAAGCAAAGAGCAUUUCCUCCGAGAUUUCCAGAAUGGCAUCCACCGAUACUGCUCACCGAUCCUAGUUAAUGCCCUCUUGGCCCUGGGAUGCCGCUUCUCGAGCAAGUCAAGCACGCGUGCUAACCCAAACGAUCCGUACAGCUCGGGCGAUCACUUUUUUAAGGAGGCUCAGCGGCUAUUCUACCUCGAAGACGACCACCACAAACUGACAACCAUUCAAGCCUUGGGAAUCAUGUCGAUUCGUGAGGCUAGCUGUGGACGAGACUCGGAAAGUUGGUACUACGCGGGCCAGAGCAUCCGUCUUGCCAUUGAGAUGGGACUGCAUCAGCUGCAGGACGAGGGGGACGAUGAUGAGUUUGCGGUCCAAGCCGCCACUUUCUGGGGCGCCUUCGCCCUUGAUCACGCCUGGUCUCUGGCGACCGGAUCUCUCCCUCAAUGUUCGUGUUUUCCGCAACUACCGCCGAAGCCCGCCAUAAUCGAUGAUAUCGAAGCAUCAUUAUGGAUUCCUUAUACAGACGAUGGUAAGACAUGGGUCAUUGGCGCCCCUUUACAGCGCUCGGCUGAGCAACCAUCUAACGUUCGGUCCGUCUACAAAUGCUUCUGCGAACUGAGCGAGCUUGUACAUCAAAGUCUAUAUGUGCUUCAUUCGCCAGGAAGGCCCUUGACUAGUCGCGACCUCCUUAACAUUUAUACACAAUACCUAAACUGGUAUGAUAGAAUACCCGAGGUAUUGAGGCUGGGGCACAAUUUCACUCCCGCUGUGCUCUUUGCGCACAUGUAUUACCAUUUCGCGAUCUUGCUUCUUUUCCGACCGCUCAUCAAACUAAGGAUCAUUGGCUCCAAGUUGCUGCCCAGAGAUGUAUGUGGACAGGCGGCAGACGCUAUUCAGGGCCUCCUCCGCUCGUAUUCGCUGUUAUACACUCUGCGGCGGACACCGUCGUUUGUCCCCUACUUUGUUCUCACGUCUGCGAUUAUGCAUUUGGCGAUUGGCGCAUCCUCUUCGCCAUCGCAGAGGGGCUUCGAAGGGUCGGCUCAGCCAACCGCAGACACACCCACAGGAACCUCGCAGCCCCCUCGUGUUGUUGAGGCUAUCAAACAGGGUAUUAGAGAUUUGGAAGAGAUGGCACCGUGCCAUCAUUUUGCAGAACAAGCACUUAACAUUCUUCGAUAUCUUGCGAACAAGUGGGGCAUGGAGGUCGAGAUGGGUCAAACACCAAGGUCGGACGCUGAAUAUGCGCACCUUGUCAGGCCGUACACAAGCAGCCUCAACUUUUUCGCGCCUAACGUUAUCGAAGACGACUUCAUAUGCGUGUGGGGAGGCGGCGGUGAUGAGAGUGGAGCAUCGAAGGCGGCGAUGCCAUCCGGGGGCCAGGGAGGUGAACCGGUUUCGCGGGCGGCCAGAGUGAUGGAAAACCCUUUGUUCUGGCCAUUUCCGAUGCAGGGGCGGCCUAUGCUUCCCACAGGGCGCGAGCUCGAGGAGGCCGGUUUCGAAAGAAUCUUCUAA